AGCGCAUUGUUCAAAAACCAAACGUUGGGUGAACUAAAUCAGCUGGGGCUCAGAGUGUUUCGAUGUCGAGAAGGAGCAAUAGGCUAGCUUCGUGUAGCUUUAUUGCAAACUUAUACUAGUUUUAUUUCGUAAAGUAAGUAGCUUUAGUUUAGCUGAUAUACCCAGUAACUUAAGGAUAUUUAACUGCUAUCAAGCCGUUCAACGCACUUUCGCCAUUCGAGGUGAGCAUGGCGCUGACUUUGUCCUCCCCGAGUGGCUAUCACCUUGAUGAGGAUGAGGAGGUGGCCGUGUUUGAGUCUACGGCAGCGGAGCAUGGAGGCCCGUCCAGGCCCCGUCUACCCGAGAUCUCCGUCAUUUCCCCCGGCCUGGAGCCCCGGCCCUCCAUCGCAGAACCAAAACUGUCAGUGAAACCUGGAGCGCUGAGACAAGGUAGUUGUGAGGGAGGGGACAAGGAGAGGGUGCAGGUUUUCCUGCGCAUCCGGCCACUUACUGAGACUGAGAGUCAGAGGGUAGAAGAACAGGGUUGUGUGGAUGUCCAAGACGAAGAGACACUCCUGCUCAAAGCUCCAAAAGAAUCUCAGAACAUGAGGACCGCAGAGAGGGGAAUCACCCAAAGCAUGCACAAGUUUAGCUUCUCAAAGAUCUUUGGGCCAGAGACCACACAGCAACAGUUCUACGAGUGCACAAUGAAAAAGAUGGUGACAGAUGUGCUUCAAGGAGAAAACCGCCUCCUCUACACGUAUGGUGUCACCAAUUCUGGGAAGACUUACACCAUACAGGGCAGCGGUCGAGAGGCGGGCCUCUUGCCCCGGGCUCUGGCAUCUCUGUUCAGGAAGCUGCAGGGUCGCCUCUACGGUGCCAUGGACCUGAAGCCCGUCAUGUAUCAGGAUGUGAGACAGCUGGACUCGGGGGAGAUCAGGGUGGAAGAAAUCCGCAGAAACUCUCUGCUUAAAGAGAAUGAGAAUCUGAGUUCUCGUCGAGGUGGCAACACUACAACCUGGGACAGCGGCAUCGGAGGACUCUCCUCUACAAGCAACAUUGUCACCCAGCUUGAAGACACUGACAGUGUUUGUCUGGAGCCUGACAGCCUUUCACACAGCGGAGCCACCGACCUGGCGGAAGGGGUGCAGUUCUCUAUCUGGGUGGCUUUUUACGAGAUCUACAACGAGUUCCUGUACGACCUGCUGGAUGCUUCGCCCUCCCUGCAGCCCAGGAAAAGGGCCACGCUGCGGCUGAGCGACGACAAGUACGGAAACCCUUACGUGAAAGACCUCGCCUGGAUCCAGGUCCGCAGUGCCGAGGAGGCGUGGAGUGUUCUGAGAGCCGGGCGUCGCAACCAGAGCUUUGCCAGCACGCACCUGAAUCAGAACUCCAGCCGCAGUCACAGCAUUUUCUCCAUCCGUGUCCUGCACGUCCAUCCAGACACCGGCUCGACAGAGCCCCCGCACAUCAGCGAACUGACCGUGUGUGAUCUGGCUGGGUCGGAACGCUCUAAAGAGCAGCGUAAUGGGGAGAGGAUGAAAGAGGCCAACAACAUCAACACGUCUCUUUUGACACUGGGACGCUGUAUUGCUGCUCUGAGGCACAACCAGAACAACAAAUCGCGACCCCCUCAAGUGGUGCCCUUCAGGGACAGUAAGAUGACCCGGGUCCUGCAGGGAUUCUUCUGUGGACGAGGAACGUCCAGCAUGGUGGUGAACAUCAACCCAUGUUCCUCAAUCUACGACGAGACGCUCCAAGCCCUCAAGUUCUCUGCUAUUGCUACUCAACUGGUCCACGGCCCGUCCACAAAGACCAGAGUAGCCUACAUCCUGUCCCUUCUCCGUGAGCCCCCAGCAAAUGGUAACGAAAGCACAGUGAUGGAAGAGGAUGGAGAUGAGAGUGAGGUGGAAGAAGGAGAUAUCACCAUGUUAAAUACUGAGGCUUUGCUGCAGGCCAUCGAUGUCCUGAAGAGAGAAGUGCAGCGCCAGAGGGCGGAGAAAGAUGCUCUCGAGGCAAAUGUGAGAGAGCAGGUGGUCUCUGAGAUGAUGGAGGUGAUUUCUAGGAUGGAAGAUGGCUUCAGUGAGACCUUGGAGGCAGAGAAGGCUCUAAUCGAAGAGAGGUACGAAGACAAGAUAACAAAUGUCCAAAAACAUUUGAAGAAAUUCCACAGCGAGGAGUUGAUGGAGCGUGAUCAGGAGAUCAAAGCUUUGUCUGAAGCCCUUGAUAAGACCAAAGCGGCAGAAAAGUCGGUGCCACACGGAGACUCCGAGGGGCCGCGGCGCUCUCAGCGCCUCACCAGUCAGGCGCAAUGUGGCCGGCUGCACGCAGAACUGGACCAGUGUCGCGCCCAGCUGCUCACCAAGUCUCAAGAGAUGACGAAACUGAAGAUGCAGAUUGACGGCCCCGGUUCAUCGAGCACUCUCGCCGCCGAGCGCAAGCUCGAGGACGGACAACGGAACCUGCGUCAGUUGCGCCUGGAUUUGCUGAGGCUCGGGAGCGACCUGCAGUCGGGCGAACGGGCCUGCUGUCGCAACACCGGAGGGGAGCGGCUGCGGCAGGACCUGGCGGCUGCAGACGAGACUCUGGCCAAACAGGACCAGAUCCUGUCAGAACUCCAGAAUGGCCUGAUGCUUGUGAAGGCUGACAUGAGGAAGCAAGCAAUGAGCCUGUCCCGGGCACAGGCCAACAUGUCCCCGCUUCCCUCCCGUGGCUGCGCGGCCUCCAUCACGCCAGAUCCCUGCCAGAAGAGGGGCUACGAGGUCGCCGCACCGGGCGGCGCCGAGAACCGGCCGCCCCAAAAAAGGCCCUUUUUCCAGUCGCUGUUCCCGACACACACUCCGACACGCAAAAUCAACACCUGCGCUGCAGAAGCAGCAAGUGGCAAUACUCCUUACUCCCGGAUCUUGCGCUCUCGACAGCAGUCGCCUACUUACAGCCCCGCCCCCACCCCUCGCAGUCUCAGGGGAAAGAAAUGAGCUUUUGUAUUGUUGGAGUUCGUCCUGUUUGACAUUAUGCCCAAAAAAACUUUAUAGUAUUUUACUUUAUAUGGUAUUCACAUUUUUGCAGUGAAGUUUACUCACUGUGUUUCUAACUGUUACGUUCAUGCCAGUAAAACAUGCUUAUCAGUACUCUAUAAUGCAAGUAAAAUAUUGACUGUACAUUAAGAACCGUUAAGUGUUUAAUCAGACUUUAAUGAAGGUAUGUUUUUAUGCUUUCUGAAAUAAAAUUAUGAAGAAAUUGCAAAAGAUUCCAUAGUCAUUUACAACAGCUAAAAUGCAAAUAAAGCUUCUAGUUUAGAAUUUAAAAACGUUUUAUAAUCCAUUAAGUCCAAAGAUAUUUUCAUCUGCUAAUGUGACAGUGCCUAGGCAUGUAUUUGUGAUUACGUUUUAUAAAUCUGCUUUUAAAUGCUAAAAUGCCUGCUUGAUUUUCAUUAUUGGAUUGCUGUAUAUGAAUAAAAGUAUUGUUGCCAAAUCAAA